UACACGUUGGCACACCUCAGAGACCGCCCAUAAUAUCAGUGUUUGAACAUUUUUAGUGUGCACAGAGAUCCAGCCGCUCGCGGUAGUAUUUACUUCAGUAUCCGUCGCUGAUACUCCGAAAGAUCCGGUAAUCAAACCGUUUUUUCUUCAUUGAUGUAAUAGACCUGUAGCAUCUAUACAAUGGACAAACAUGGACUGCACACUCCACAGCGUCGAAAGACUUUUCAUGAUAAUAUACAGAUGCUCAUUUCGCAGUAUGAUGCUUCAUUCCGCAUCAUAAAACGGCUUCUGAUGCACAUGGUUUAUGACGUAGAGAACCAGAAUGCUUUUCUCCUGGACCAAGAAGAAACGGUCCUGGAACCUCGCAAAGAAGACGCUCAAAAUAAUGAUGACGUCAUCUUUCUGUUUGAGAGACAGUCAGCCGUCGGGGAAGACCACACUGACGAGGUAGCACGCACUUACGCUCAAAAUGAUGAUGACGUCAUCUUUCUGUUUGAGAGACAGUCAGCCGUCGGGGAAGACCACACUGACGAGGUAGCACGCACUUUAUCAGAUCAACAUGCCGAAGAUGACGUCAUCUUCCUGUUUGAAAGGAGACCAGCCGUUGAGGAACCCCGUCCACGUCCGCCCCCCUGUGCCCGUAUGCGGACGGGUAAACAUUAAAAAUCUAACGAUACAAUAAAGUAUUGAAACUUGU